AGCAUCUUCGCCCUGCUGAGCACCGCCCACCCCGGCAUCUUUGACAUUCAACCAGCCCGGGCCCAUCGCCCCUCUCUCACCAUCCUUCCAGAGCGAGCCCGACCCUCUUUACGCUAUUUUGAGCUCUCUUUACACCAACAAAGCUCUCAACAUGGACUCGAUGCGCAGCCUCAACACUUCCCUGCCCUCGGCCACGUCGCGCAGGCGACCGGGCCAAACCAACGCUGCUCUGCUGCAGGCCUUCAAGACGGCCGCCCUCCAAGUCACCAACCUGUACAAAGCCGCCGCCUCCGACCGCGAAGCCACCCACGACGAGGGCUAUCAGGCAUGCCUCGAGGACAUGCUGAGCUUCCUCGACGCCGAGAACCUGGGCGUCGGCGACGGUGAGGGCUGGAGGAUACGCCAGUGGGUCACCGAGAAGCUCCAAGAAGGAACCACGGCCACGGACAGCGACGAAGAAGGCGACGAUGACAAGCGCGGGAGGAGCUCCAGCCCUGCUGCGCAAAGGCGGCCCAGCCCGGAGGCAGUGGCGUCGCCAGCGGUACAGGCGUUGCGAUCUGCCUCGCCUGCCAGAGCAGACUCGGCCCCCCCUGCCCCUGUAGCAACCGUGCCUGCGGCUGCACCAUCUCUCGAAGCAUUGGACGCCCUGCCAAAGGGUGACUUCACAUUCCGCGCGCCACAGACGUUGGACCUCGAUAUGGACGAGACGGAGCAGGCCGACUCGAACGCCGCGACCAACGCCGGAUCGCCGCCCAUGCAGAUCAACGUUUUUCCAAGACACCGCACCAAUCGCAACAGCAGCAACAACACGCACGCCCGUACCACCCACAACAGAGACAGACAGGCGGCGGCGGCGGUCGCGUCGCUUGGCAGCUUGGGAUCCGGCGCCGGCGUGAAGCGGCGCGUGCCGUUCGGCGACUAUUUUGAUAUCAACGGAUUCGGCAACGGCAAGGACGUCUUCGGAGGACACGGAUCGAAGCGCGGACGGUUCACAUAAGAGGAGGAUGCAGGCUCGAGGUUUCUGCGCCCCAGAGCACAGCCGGCUCCGGGCGAUUCGGCCCGCCACGGCUGCUGGCACCACGCAUUGGACGGAGUUACAAACGGAUGGGAUCAUUUUCACAUUGGAGGCAUUCAUUUAGAAGCAUUCUCAGGGUGUUUUCUGGGUUUGAGUGCUGGAUAGAAGGGGACGGAAACGGAAGGAAUCGGUCGGUCCACCAGGACUACUACUACUGCAACUAUUCGGGAUUUGCAUUCCAAGGAGGAGAGAGAUUCACAUAGCUAGGUAUGAUGAGU